AUGGCAAGAACACCAACAAUAAUCUUGCACCUUCUCGUAACCCUUAUUGUUUGCAUCCUCUCCAGCGCAAGAACAUCCUCCUCUUCAGCUUCCAGCAGCGAUGUCGAUGGAUUCCUCAGCUGCCUCUCCGCGGACAUUCCGCCUUCCCUCAUCUACACCCCAGCAAACAACAACUUCUCUUCGGUCCUUGUGUCCUCUGUCCGGAACCUCCGCUACUACGUCACGCCAGACACCACCAUGAGCCGGCCGCUGGUGAUCGUUGCGGCCACCGAGCCCGCCCAUGUCCAGACCACCGUGGUCUGUGGCCGCCGCCACAGCGUCCACAUCCGCACGCGCAGCGGCGGCCACGACUACGAGGGCCUCUCCUACGCCUCUGUGGACCCCCACCGGCAUUUCGCCGUGCUCGACCUCGCUGCGCUCCACGCGAUCCACGUCGACGCCUCGAGAGCCGAGGCCUGGGUCGGGUCAGGCGCCACGCUCGGCGAGCUCUACUACGCCGCCGCCGCCGCCAACUCCACGUUCGGGUUCCCCGCCGGCAACUGCCCCACCGUGGGCGUCGGCGGCCACCUGAGCGGCGGUGGGUUCGGCGCGCUGUCGCGCAAGUACGGCCUCUCCGCCGACAACGUCCUCGACGCCGUGGUGGUGGACGCCGAGGGGAGGCUGCUGAACAGGAGCACCAUGGGGAAGGACCUGUUCUGGGCCAUCCGAGGCGGCGGCGGCGAGAGCUUCGGCGUCGUCGUUUCCUGGAAGGUGCGGCUGGUGCCCGUGACGGAGACCGUCACCGUGUUCAGCAUCCGCCGGCUGAGGAACGAGUCCGCCGUCGACCUCAUCACCAAAUGGCAAGCGAUCGCGCCGGCGCUCCCCAGGGACCUGUACCUCCGCGUGCUCGUGCAGAACCAGCAGGCCAACUUCGUCGCCCUGUUCCUCGGCCGGUGCGGAAGCCUCGUCGACACCAUGAGAGGUCACUUCCCGGACCUAGGAAUGACGGAGCGGGACUGCCAGGAGAUGAGCUGGGUGAAAUCCACCGUCUUCUUCAACUACGGCAGGGCCGACUUGCCGGCGGAGGUGCUCCUCAACAGGAGCAGCAAUCCAUACUACUACCUCAAGGUGAAGUCCGACCACGUGCAGGAGGCCAUGCCAGGGCACGCGUGGGAGAGCAUCUGGUCCAACUGGUUCGAGAAGCCCGAGGCGGCGCUGCUCAUGCUCGACCCCUACGGCGGCCGGAUGGGCAGCAUCUCGCCGUCGGCAACGCCGUUCCCGCACCGGAACUACCUCUACCAGCUCCAGUUCUACUCGGUCUGGUACGAGAACGGGACGGCGGCGCUGGAGAAGCGGAUGAGCUGGGUCAGGGGAGUGUACGAGGAUCUGACGCCAUACGUGUCCAAGAACCCAAGAGCUGUGUACGUGAACUACAGGGACCUGGACCUGGGGACGAACGAGCUGGAGGAGGGUGGUAACGUCACCAGCUACGCCAAGGCUAGGGUUUGGGGGGAGAAGUAUUUCAAAGCUAAUUUCAAGAGACUGGCGGCCGUGAAGAGCAAGGUGGAUCCUCAUGACUUCUUCAGGAAUGAGCAGAGCAUCCCUCCUCUUCCUGCUGCUGCAAAAUGA